UCGGGAAGGGGUGUGGCCUGCGACGGGGCGCCCCCGCCCCGCGGACCCCGCCCGGGCCUGCACCGCGGGCGGCGAUCUCGACGCCCGCAAGGGUUUGAAACCGUUUUGUGGCGGCGGCGGCGGCGGCCAGUCGGAAAGCUUGCACGCUGAAUUAUGGAAAUGGGAAGUGAAGAAGAAAAAUGGGAGAAGCUGGAUGCGGAAUUUGAUCACUUUGUGGUAGAUAUGAAGCCUUUUGUUCUAAAAUUACCCCACAGGUCAGAACGGCAGCGGUGCGCACUAUGGAUCAGAAAGCUGUGUGAGCCUUCAGGUACCGGCACUGGCAUCCCGGGCAGGAAGAACCGCAACUUGUACGCCAAGCUCCUGCUGCACAUGCUCCGGCGGGGGGUGCUGGAGGGCCCGUUCACGCAGCGCCCCGAGCCAGGGACCCUCAGAGCCCUGCCUUCCUACAUGUCCAUCUAUUUUGAUGAACCAAAUCCAGCACAAGCCAAAGGGUCCAGCCCGGAUGGAUUACCGGACUGGGUGGUGGGUGAGCUGGGGACCAGCGAGCACAGAUGCAGCGAAUCCCGGGACCUUUCCUCUGGAGAAGAUUACUCCUUGGUGCAGUCGCCGACCGAUGUCCACAGGGAACAAUGCAUUGCGAAGUUCCAAACCAGAUCACAGUCUAUGAGUCCAACCCACGGAGAAGAUGGACGGAUUAUUACCCCAAAGGAUUGUGAUAUUCAUUUGAAAAAAUCUACUCUUUCUUUGGAUGACAGCGACAUGGAAACUCGCCUUAAUAGUUGGAAUCUUGGGAUAGAAAACCCUCGAUACCUGAGACAGAAGCCCAUCCCACUUACUCUGAUGACUCCAAAAUUCAGCCUGAGAAAAUCCAGCAGUCUGCACGAUGACCAGUUACUCUCCCGCAUGCAUGAGAAAGAGUUGGACAUGAAAACAAAGCUGAUGGAAGCUAAAUAUCAUGAAGAGAAACUUAAAUUGCAGCAGAAGCACGAUGCUGAUGUUCAGAAGAUUUUAGAAAGAAAGAAUAAUGAAAUAGAAGAAAUGAAAACUUUAUACAAAAAGAAACAAAGUGAAACUGAGGAGACUAUUAGAAAACUUGAGAAGAAAGUUCAGACCCUCGUCCGCGAAUGCCAGGUUAUCAGAGAGACCAAAGACAACCAGAUCGCAGAGUUAAAAAAGAUAUGUGAGCAGAGCACAGAAUCUCUGAAUAAUGAUUGGGAAAAAAAGCUCCACAACGCUGUAGCAGAAAUGGAAAAGGAAAAGUUUGAACUUCAGAAGCGACACACGGAAAAUAUUCAAGACCUGCUCGAGGACACAAAUGUGCGGCUGAACAAAAUGGAGGGUGAAUACGUGGCGCAGACGCAGUCCACAAACCAGAUGAUCAAAGAGCUGGAGUCCCGUGUCCAGCAGCUGACUGGAGAAGCGGAGAACAGUAAUUUACAGAAACAAAAAUUAAUUCAAGAAAAACUGGAACUGGAGCGAUGUUACCAGAUAACAUGCAAUGAGUUACAAGAAGUAAAGGCAAGGUACUGUCUGAGGCGCAACACACUGCAUAAAGAGAAAGACCAUCUCAUCAGUGAUUAUGAGCAAAACCUGAAACUAUUACAAACCAAGUAUGACGCUGAUGUCAACCUUCUGAAAAAGGAACAUGCUCUUUCUGCCUCUAAGGCAUCUGGUAUGAUUAAAGAACUAGAACAGAACGUCUGUCAAUUAAAACAGCAAUUACAGGAAUCAGAACUUCAGAGAAAGCAGCAGCUCAAGGAUCAAGAAAAUAAGUUUCAAAUGGAGAGAAGUCACUUAAAACGCACCUUUGAGAAAAAGAUUCACGACUUACAGAGUGAACUUGAUAAGGAAAAAGAAGAUGCUCAAAAGAAAAUCCAUAAACUUGAGGAAGCUUUGAAGGAGAAGGAGGAGCAGCUGACCCGCGUGAGCGAGGGGCAGAGGCUGCAGGCACGGCAGGCGGACGCCGCGCUGGAGGAGUUCAAGCGGCAGGUGGAGCUGAACUCGGAGAAGGUCUACGCGGAGAUGAAGGAGCAGAUGGAAAAGGUGGAAGCAGACCUGACUCGGUCCAAGUCUCUCCGUGAGAAGCAGUCCAAGGAGUUCCUGUGGCAGCUGGACGAUGUCAAGCAGAGAUACGAGCAGCAGAUAGUAGAGCUGAAGCUGGAGCAUGAACAGGAGAAGACGCACCUAUUACAGCAGCAUAACGCGGAGAAGGAGAGCCUAGUCCGAGACCACGAACGGGAAGUCGGAAAUCUGGAGAAUCAGCUCCGCGCUGCCAAUAUGGAGCACGAAAAUCAAAUCCAAGAGUUCAAGAAACGAGACUCACAGGUGCUCGCGGACAUGGAGGCGCAGGUGCAUAAGCUGAGAGAGGAGCUGGUCAGCGUGAACUCGCAGCGGAAGCAGCAGCUGGUGGAGCUGGGGCUCCUGCGGGAGGAGGAGAAGCAGAGGGCCGCGCGGGACCACGAGGCGGCGGUGAGCAAGCUGAAGGCCGAGUCGGAGAAGAUGAGGCUUGAGCUGAAGAAGACCCACGCCGCCGAGACGGAGCUGACGCUGGAGAAGGCCAACAGCAGGCUGAAGCAGAUUGAGAAGGAAUACACCCAGAAGCUGGCCAAGUCUUCUCAGGUGAUCGCCGAGCUGCAGGGCACCGUCUCCUCACUGCGGGAGGACAGCAGCCGGCAGCAGCUCGCGGCCGAGCGGCGGCUCCAGGACGUCGUGCGCAAGUUUGAAGACGAGAAGCAGCAGCUGAUCAGAGAGAAGGAGCGAGCCGUCCAGGCUUUACAGGAAGAACUGGAAAACCGCUCGAGACAAGUGCGAUCCACAGAGAAGAAGCUACAGCAGAAGGAGCUGGAGUCACAGGAGCAGAUAACUUACAUACGACAAGAAUACGAAACAAAAUUUAAAGGGUUGAUGCCAGCAUCUCUAAGACAAGAACUUGAAGACACCAUCUCCUCCCUAAAGUCACAGGUUAACUUCCUGCAGAAGCGGGCGUCUGUCCUACAGGACGAGCUGACCGCCUACCAGAGCAGAAGGUGACCACGUGGAGACCCCCCGGGUCACCCCGGAGAGAGCGGUGGAUCCAGCCAUCCCAGCCACACUGCGGAUUUCUUCCAGCAGGUUUGAAGAUUCAGAUAUUGUUAAGUAAACUGUGAGACCAGUGGCAUUUUUUGAUACUUAAAUGUAAUUAAGAUCAUAAAAACAUCCAUCACUCAUA